AUGACGGGUAAUUCUGGACGAAAGAAAACAAGAGCCGCUGACGAGAUCAAGGCAGCAGUACAAGCCGUUCCCCAGCAUUCCAGGCAAACACUUCGGGCUCUGCCGGCGAACUGCGGCAUCCCCGAGACCACGCUCAUUGUGCACAUGAAGGAGCACGGCAGCUUGAAGGCCCGUUACAGUUACGUAAAGCCGAUGCUGACAGCCGACAACGUGCAGGUGAGAAAUUCUACGUCUAUCUACGACGACGAGGAAGCGGCGGCGCGCUCGGUGAAGUCCAAGAAUUUCAUCACCAAAGUCAUGUUCCUUGCUGCCGUCGCUCGUCCGCGAUAUGAUCCAGCGACAAAGGAAGACCUUGACGGCAAGAUUGGAAUUUUGCCGUUUGUGGAGAUCAUCGCCGCCAAGCGCAAGAGCAUCAACCGAGAGAAAGGAACUCCCAUGACGGUCCCCCAGAAUGUGAACGGCGGCGUCUACAAGGAUUUUAUGCUGCAAAAGGUGGUUCCUGCUGUCUUGGCCCGAUUCCCUGUUGGGGAUUUACGAAGAGGUGUUCGCAUCCAGCAAGACAAUGCAAGUCCUCACCGGCAAAGUCGGCACUCCUUCAACUGGACCAUCGCCUAG